CAUUUGCCAUCGGCAAAUAAUAAAAUAACCAUUUCAAAAAUGGCAUUUGUUUAUUCAUUUCUUGUAUCGACCACCUUCCCCUGCACUACUCCUAAAGUAAAAUGGUAGCAGCAGCUGCCCUUCUCCACCACAAACCCAUCUUAAAAUUCACCUCCUCUCGUUACUCUAACAUCGAUUCCUUAAGACCCACUUCGCAACUUCGGCUUCCAGCUUCUGGGUCGGUUUUCUUUGGUGGGUUUGGUUUGAAUAUUGCCGGCUCGAAGACCAUGACGGAACUGGUCAUAACCUCGGCUUUUGGGAGAGGGGAUGGCGAGGAAAAUGUUAAAAUGCUUCAGCAAGAUAGUUUUGUGAGGGACUCUUCUGGUUUUGCUUCUCAAUUGUUCGGUCAGGGCUUUGAGCCUCUUCUUAAUCGUCUGAGUAAAUGGCUUGUAGCUGCCUUGUUCGCUGCCGUCCUUGUAUGGAGGCAUGAUGCUGAAGCCAUGUGGAUUGCUAUGGGAUCUGUAUUGAAUGCUCUACUCUCCGUAGCCUUAAAACAAAUAUUCAACCAAGAAAGACCUUCUGCCACGUCCAAAUCUGAUCCCGGGAUGCCCUCUUCGCACGCACAAUGCAUCUUUUACACUGUUGUGUUUUGUAGUCUUUCAGUUACAGAAUGGCUUGGAGUAAAUGAACUUAGCUUGUUCAUAAGUGCGCUUAACUUCGCAUUGGGCUCAUAUUUUUCAUGGCUACGAGUUUCACAACGAUAUCAUACAGCCAGCCAAGUGGUGGUUGGUGCUGCUGUUGGGUCUCUAUUCUCAUUUUUGUGGUAUUGGUUAUGGCAAACCACUGUGCUGCUAGCAUUUGAUUCUUCUUUGUUCGUUCGCAUAGGCGUUGUUGCCUCUUCUUUCGUAUUCUGCUUUGGGUUUCUUUUGUAUGUAAUCCGCCAUUGGCUCAAGGAUGAAGAUUGAAGAUACUAUACAUCAUAUAGAUAAACAAAAAUAUAAUCUCACUGAUUUCCUUCUACCAGGUCAGAUCCCUUUUUCUAUAAAAAUAGAUAUUGCAACUUGAUCUCCAACAGGGCUUAUGUAAAUUACUUCUUGUGUUAUGUAAACUUAUUAAAAUUUGUAUUAUUAUUUUGCUGAUAUGGCAGUCAAAGUUUGCCAAGUCA